AUGGAGUCCAACAUCGAGGAAGAAGCUUUUUUUAGAGUGAUCUCCGAGAACAUGAAGUUUGCAUUCACGAGCCCAGUACCAACUACCAUGCAGUUCCCAACACCAUAUUCGCAGCAACAACAGCAGCAGCAGCUAUUGCAAGGCCACCAGCAACACGGAGAUCAUCAACAACCGUCGUCGCAGCUACUUUUUGGCACUGGUCGUGGCUCAACUGCAACGGACGGUCAAAAACAUGCCGAACAAGCUCAGGUUGAAAAUCAGUCCAUGGUCGAAAAUAGCAUGUUGGCUGAGGGUCCAGGAGCUGCCAAGCUCAGCGACGUCAACAUGCAGCCAUCUUCGGUGUUACAACUGAGCAACGAGUUCAUGCUCACAUCGCCAGAGCAAUUCAAAGACUUUUUGUUCGAAUCUCCAGCAGGAUUCAACCUAUGGCAUCGCACACCAGCCAAGACGCCUCUUAGAUUUUUCAAUGGCUCUGCUGCUGGUACAACGAGCUCUUCAGCAGACCAGCAAGGGCAACUCGGCAAUGCUCAACCUGCGCCAAGCGCCGCAACUCCGUUGCGAAGUAUUGACGUGAACCUCAUGUUCAACUCCAGAGACAAAACAGCGCCAGCUUCGUCGUCAUCUCCCUCCAAGAGAUACCUAUCGCUCACGCCCUAUGGGAAACGUAUUCUUUCGGAUAUCGGCACGCCUUAUGCCAAGCUCUUGGCAUCUUCCAAUAGUGCUCUCGUAGAUUUUCAAAAGGCACGCAAGGACGUUUCACGCGCAUCUCCAAACCUCCGUAAUGUCAACCUACCAAAUCUAACCAAGAUAACUCCCAACAAGAGCAUUUAUCAGUCAAUAUCGCCAAAUCGAGGUCGAAGGGAUGAUACCGCGCAUCGACGGGGCCGGCACACGCGGGCCGCUGAGAAACCUCAGCGAGAGCCUACCGCGCAGGAGAAUCGCGAUGAUCAAGACGAGUCUGAUGCGGAAGACUGUGGCUCUUCGCCCACGACGAUACAGCUCAAUUCUUCAGUGACCAAGCCAACGCGCAAUAAACUUGGGUUUAUUGGUGCUCCGCCGCCAAUGCCUUUCCAAGAAGACGGAUCAAGCGAAGAGGAAUCUAAUAACAUUGACAGCAGACUCUUCGAGAUGGCCAAGCUGCCGCUGUCGCCGACUCCGAAACCCGCAAGCUGCAACAACAUGGACGUUACACAGAUAAAUAUCCCAGAGCUGCCGAAAAUGGGGUCUUUCAAAAGUGAGACUAGUGCAAGCUCGCUGCCAAGCACAGCCAAAAAGGUCACACGUAAGCAACCCAAAUUUCAGAUAAUUGUCACGAAUGCCAAUUCUUUCAACUCAACUCGGGGAACUGUCAUGGGCGGCGAAACAGGCUCCAAAAAGCGAAAACCGGGGCUGAAACGCUCGCAAUCGGAAAUUGUGUCUGACUCUGCUAACGGUCAAGGUAGCGCAAAGCGAAAGAACAAGGAGCAGCGCACGUCGCAGCUAAAUCGUUUCGCGAUCAAAUAUCAGACUGGAUUUUCGAGUUCGCAGUGA